AUGAUGAUACAAGGACGGUUUCUUCUUAACACUCCCUUCUUGCCCAAUUUCUUCUUUCGAGGAAGUUUGCAACAGAAUCAAAGAAUUAGAAGGGGUUUCUCCAAAAACAUGGCUUGGAGUAUGGAAAGAUGUGACUUGGGUCUUGAUGUUAAGAUUGGAGUGGUUCAUCCUGCAACAGAUGCUUAUGCUGCAGAGGCAGUUCAAGCUUUGAAAGUUGGGAAGGUUAUUGCAGUUCCCACUGAUACAUUAUAUGGAUUUGCUUGUGAUGCUUGCCAGUUGGAAGCAGUUAACAGGAUUUAUGAGAUUAAAGGCCGUAAACAUACAAGUCCGCUAGCUAUUUGUGUUAGUGACGUAUCAGACAUAGACCGUUUUGCUCUAACCGAUAAUUUACCUCAUGGUCUGCUUGAUUCUCUCUUACCUGGGCCUGUCACAGUUGUACUAAAACGAGGAGAAUCAAGUGCUCUUGAACGAUCUUUGAACCCGGGAUUUGAUAGUAUAGGAGUUAGAGUUCCUGAUUGCAAUUUCAUUAGGCUCAUUGCCCGUGGUUCAGGAACUGCCUUGGCCCUUACCAGUGCAAACCUAAGUGGACAACCAAGUAGCGUUUGCAUCAAAGAUUUUGAAAAACUAUGGGAACACUGUGCUUCUGUUUAUGAUGGCGGUACGCUUCCAUCUGGCCGUGCUGGUUCAACCGUUGUGGAUCUCAGUACACCACACAAAUACAAGAUUCUUAGACCUGGAAGCGCGAAGGAAGAGACAGUUGCCGUAUUGGAGAAGCAUGGUUUCGUUGAGACAAUGUAA